AUGACACAUGCAGGAGGAAAAGCGCUGCAUCCAUUAACUCCAUGGUUUGAAGUACUUCACAAUGAAAAAGCAAAUAAAAAUAAUAAGAAAGCUCUUUGUUUAUCUUGUAUUAGAUAUGUAAGACGAGACUUCUUAUUAAAAGAUGAAAAUAAUAAAAUUACAAAUAUUCAACGUUAUUGUUACAAACAUCUUCAAACUUGUCAAAAUUUUAUGACUGAACAUGGACUAAACGAA